GUCCCGGCCCAUUAAUUUUCCUUAUCUAUAUUUUCUUUGUCCCGUUAUUUAAUAUAUGGUGAAAUACUCCAAAGCUAAAAACAAAAAAAUAGUAUCUUUAUAAAUCCUAUAAGAAUUAUCACACAAAAAAACCAGUGUCAUAAAUUCAUAAUCGCUCACACAAUUAACAACCACCAAAAAAAAAAAGAUGAUAACAAUUGCAGAAACCAUGAUAAGCUCUUCAGAUGGUUUUAGGCCCAUUCCGGUAAUUGCAAUGGGCACAGCAACCGAAUUAAGCAUUGGUGGCAUCGAAAUGGUGAAACCAUCGACUAUACUUGAAGCCAUUAAGUUGAGUUAUCGUCACUUUGACACUGCCGCACUCUACCAAACUGAGAAGCCACUUGGGGAAGCAAUCGCGGAAGCUUUGAGGUCGGGUCUUAUAACGUCUCGAAAGGAGCUUUUUAUAACGACCAAACUGUGGUGCGACUCUACUGACCGCCAUCUUGUUUUACCGGCUAUUAAGAAGAGUCUUGAGAAUUUGGGACUAGAUUAUGUAGAUUUGUAUCUCAUACAUUGGCCAUUGAAGCUGAACAUCGAGAAAUUUGAACUCCCGAUCCCAAACGAAUGCAUAACUGCAAUUGAUAUCAAGGGAGUCUGGGAUGCAAUGGAGGAGUGUCAAAAUCUUGGACUUACCAAAUCUAUCGGCGUCAGCAAUUUCUCUCCUAAAAAGAUACAACAAAUUCUUUCAUUUGCCAAAAUUCCUCCUGCCGUCAAUCAGGUUGAGAUGAACCCAAUUUGGCAACAAAAAAAACUCGUUGCAUACUGUAAGGAGAACGGCAUCCUUGUGACCGCUUACUCCCCGUUAGGUGCAGUAGGCAAUAGUGGAUGGGGACACAACCGUAUUAUGGAAUGUGAUGUUCUACAAGACAUUGCCAAGUCAAAAGGAAAGACUGUGGCACAGAUCGCGCUGAGGUGGCUAUACGAGCAAGGUGUAAGUAUUGCCGUAAAGAGCUUCAACACAGAAAGGAUGAAACAGAACAUUAGUAUCUUUGACUGGUCAUUGACAAAGGAGGAACGGAGCAGAAUUGACCAAAUACCUCAACACAGGCAUAUCUAUCUACUCGGCUUAAUGGUGCUUGAGCAUAAUGAUGUAACGGCUGAGAUCGAUGCAGAGCUUCAUUGAUAAAGUUGUAUGCAUAGUGGAUUGAGAUUCUCUAAAGUUGAUAACAACUUUACUAGUA